AUAGACUUUCGGGAAAGUGUCUUUCCAAGAUGGCGUUUCGCGUGGCACUUCGUCGAUUUGGUGAGCCAUAUUAUUAUAUUGCCAUUGCUUUCUUGAAAGAUACACUGGAGUCUUUAUAAUUUUGCAUAGCUGUAAAGGUGUUGUUAGCUGAGGGCCUGUCAGUCUUAUACGUCUGUUUCUGCCAGCAGCUCUUGCAAAUGUCACGGAGAAAUUCUCAAAGCAGACAAAUUCAGCUCAAUAUUUGUCAUUAUAACUAUACUUUACACUUCCCACCUUUCCUUAUUGGAAGUAUUGAGAAAUCUUAUGCUCAUAAAUUUUUUUUUCAUGGAAAUUGUGGGAAACUUAACAUUGAUAUGUUUUCAUUAUGUCACUUACUUUUAAGGAAGCAAUCUUCACAUCUGUAUGUCUUUUGCAUUGUAUUAAGAUAUGUACAGUCUCACUUCCUUGGCAAUGUCUUCUACUACUGCUUUUGCAGAAAUUGGCAUUGAGGUACCCUUUGUCAUGGAAUAAUGAAAUAAAAUUAUUUCCAGUUUCUGAUUAUGCAGAGUUCUUCUCUGAACUCCACAUUCAGAAUGAAAAUCAUUGUUACUUUUCUUUCCUGUUUGAUCCUUCUUGGAAUAUGUGGCUGUAAGUAAGAAAAGUUUUUACUUGACUUCAUAAAUAUUUGGGAACAUGCAUGAUUGAUAAAUAGCACAUGUUACUGAUGCCUUCAUUUCAUAAUACUUCACCAAUACAGGUGUCAGCCUAGAACAAAUAGGAAUUCGCCACAACUAUGACAGUACCAGGAAUAAUCUUUUGAUUGGUAAACACACCAAAGUUAUUUGUCAAGGCUUUACUGGAAAACAGGUAUGAUAAACUCAACCAGAUAAUUUGAUAAAGAAAUAUAAUAUUAUCAGGUCACAUGGCUGUCAACGAUAAGAAAAAAGCAAGUUAAAGUUUUGAUCUGGUUUCCCAAAUGGAUAGCCACAGCCAAUUCCAACCUUCUUGAACCACUUAGUCAUUGGAAUAUUUUACCAUUACCCUCUGUCACUAAUAGUGAUAAGAAAGUUUGACUGCAUAGAGAAAAACAAUUAUCUAGAAGGAAGUUGUACAUUUUGAAAAAAAAAACUUUAAAACCUUAAAACAUUCCAUAGAUGAUGAUAUUGUUUGAAUUUUGAAAAAAAAUUCAGGUCAAAAUGAUCUUGAGCUAGUUUGAAUUGCAAUUUUCCUUUGCACUUGAUGCAUUACCAUAGUCCAAAAAAAUAGGAAAAUUACAAUCAAACUAGUUUGAAAUCAUUUUAGUCUGAUGUCAUUUUAAAGCACAACAUGUAAAAUCAAUAAUGUAAAAUAUUUAGAAUGUUUUCUUCUCGGAAUUAAGUUUGGAAAAUAGUGGCCUUUGAUUAACUUUUAAUUCUCUGAUCUCCUUCCUAAGUAUUUGUCCUUUUCUUCGUUGCUUCUUUCCAUGACUCAGUUUGAAUUCUCUGGAAACAGGUCUUAAAACUGAUCUACCAACUUGUGCUUUGCUUUACCUUACUAGGGAACUUUCCACAGUGAACAGUCAAUUGCUUAUGGAACACAGAUGGUUGGAGGUGUUUCUCCAGGGAAAGGUGGUCAGUCUCACUUAGGGCUUUCUGUAUUUGAUAGUGUGAAAGAGGUAAGAUGGUGACCUGAGACACUUCUUGGGGGUUGUCAAAAGUAGUCAGUGCUGUUACCAAAGUCUAUAUGUACUCACUGUAGUAUUUUAGGAUUAUAGCUACUCCUGUGGAAUCACCCUGGUUUUCUUGACAAAAUAGCCACCAAAGGUGUGUUUGUCAUUGAUAUAAUUUAUGCAGGUUUUGCAGCAGGUUUUGCCCCUUUGCUAGUUUGCACCCCCACCCCCUCCCCCCCCCCCCACCAUCUUUUGAAGCAUUUAUAACUAUUUUCUUCUAAACUGUCAGAGGAUUGUGAUUUCAGAACUUUACAGGAAACUCUCAUGUUAAACUUUAAACAAAUUUCUUUUAGGCCAAGGAUGCAACUGGUGCAAAUGCCACUGUAGUGUAUGUACCACCACCAUUUGCUGCAGCUGCUGUUUUAGAAGCAAUUGAAGCUGAAAUUGGUUUAAUUGUGUGCAUAACAGAGGGAAUACCUCAAAAAGAUAUGGUGAAAAUCAAACAUACACUGGAACGGCAAGAUAGAUGUAGAAUGGUUGGUCCUAAUUGCCCUGGAAUAAUCAAGGUAAUUACAUUAACUUUAAUUUGAGGAGAAAAUAAUGUCUUUGUUUAAGUUGAAAAUGUUUAUACCUAUGUACAAAGCUUACAAUCACUGUUUUGGAAAAUCCAAUUAUUAGUAUUAUCUAUUUUAUUGAUAUUGAUAGUGUUUCAUUGUAGUUAGUUACAACUAUUUCUAUCCUUCUUUCAACUUGUAUGAUUUGCUGUCCAUUGCUUGGCAGCCAGGAGAGUGUAAAAUUGGUAUUAUGCCGGGUCACAUACACAAACCUGGAAAAAUAGGUCAGUAAACUAAACUUCUUCAUUCUACUUCUUCUGUAUGUGUGGCUUUUCAAUGUAGAAAUUUACUUGCCAAUUUUCACCAACAUGACUGUUCAUUUUCAUCACUGCACGUGAAAUUAAAUUGAGUGGAAUGCUUUAUAUGCUUUAUGGUAGUAACAGAGCAGUGAUGCAUUUACAGGCUAAAUAACAAGUGGGUGGUUUGCAUGAUCAGCCGAUUUGUCUCAUGAAAAGUAAAGUAAUUGGAGACAGUUAAGUACAAGUGAGAUAUGAAUUUUGUCUUACCUCUGUUACAUCCUAACAGAGGAAUUGCUCUGCAUUUGUUUCAGGUAUUGUCUCAAGAUCAGGAACUCUAACAUACGAAGCUGUCCAUCAGACUACGGAGGUUGGCCUUGGACAGUCUCUGUGUGUAGGUAAGUAGGAAUAAUUGUAAGGUUUUAGAAUUUUCAUCUUCAGUUAGGGAAUUAUCAAGGCUCAUCCAGGGUAUAUGUGAGAAGAAACACAGUUAUUUCUAUUAGAAUAUAGAAUUGUUGAAAUGGAUUUCUGAUAUUGAUAAAAUUGUUGUAUUCAUUUGACUUUUUUGAUAAAAUGUCAUUGCAUGUAUGUCUAGAAUUUUCAUCUGAUUGCAGUAAUUUACCCACUGCUAUUUUACACUAUUAACAGAAAUAUUAGCUCCUUGGUAGGUUUUGCUCAUUUUUCAUAUGUUAAUCACAGGUAUUGGUGGAGAUCCUUUUAAUGGAACAAACUUUAUGGACUGCCUAGAUGUGUUUUUAAAAGACCCAGAGACAGAAGGUAUCAAUUUGCUUUGCUAAUUAACAUCAUUUUUCACAUAAUCAUAUAAUACAUUGUCUUGUUAUCUCUUCUCCCAUGAUGUUCAGUAAACUGAAAAGAGUACAUAGUUCUCUCUAGAAUUUUUGUAAACAAAACGCAUGUGAUAGAUUAGGGUUAUGGUUAGGGUUAUGGUUAGGGUUUGUUGAAAAGAAUUAUUAAUUUCUAUUACAUAAAUAACAAUGUCAUAUGAGUUCCUCUUUCUUACUGAGUUUAGGUUCAGGUGUUAAAAUUGACAAAGAUUCCAUGUUACAGUGCAUCUGUUCAGUUAAAGAUCAAAUAAGUGGCACACAAGGCUCUGCUGAGUGUGUUGCAUAUGUUCUUAUCACAUUCUGUGAUCUGUCCCUGUACAGAGGCACAGUACCAUGGAAUCUAUUUAUUCUAAAUGAUAAAAAAAAUGUUGUUUAUAGGUAAGAACCAAUCCAAAUGAGUGUAUAAUUCUGCUUAUCAUAUGACACUGAAUUUAUAAUUGCUCCAAACAAAUAAUUUUGGUUUAUUACAGGUAUUAUCCUAAUUGGUGAGAUUGGAGGAGGUGCUGAGGAAAAAGCAGCCGAGUUUCUUCUACAGCAUAAUCAAGGGGAGAAUGCCAAGCCUGUAGUGUCAUUUAUUGCUGGAGUAACAGCACCUCCUGGAAGGAGAAUGGGUGAGGAUGAUCUUAUGUCUUUUGUUGUUAUGUUUCGGCCAUUUUUGGCUCUCUACUCAGUGGACAGCUGUUUACAACUGUUUGGAGAAAGGUUUGCAAAAAGGCUUAAAAGUGCAUGCAAUAGCUCCAAAAGUUAUUGAGGUUAGUGUGUUUUUAGGUCACAGUUUCUUGACCUCAAGUUUUCAGGGAAAUCUGGGAAAAUGUCAUUGUAAGGAUGAGGCAUGGUGUGUUUGAUGAAUUUGUUGACUUAUCUCCUUUCUUGAAACAGCUGUACAUGUUGCAAUGAAAAAUGACCCCCUUAUUCAGUGCAUAUCAUUGCCUUGACAGCAUCAUACAUGUAUAUUGUUUGUUAUAUACUUAGUCAUGUACCGGUAAUUACAAAAUUGGCUAAGACUGUAACAGUAGGGCUAUAUGAAAUUAGAUGCCUUCAACUAGACACCUGAAUUGUAUCAGUGAGGUUGAGUUUGUCUUAAAGAAAUAUUAACAAGAACUAAACCUUUAGCUCCUAAUGUCUAGUUGUUAAUUCUCCCCUCUAACUGCAACACAUUUCCUUGUAAAUAAAUUCCAAGAAUUUGGUAUUUGGUCAAGAUAACCACUUCUACUGUAUGUGACAGGUUUGAGUAUUCUCAAAACCAGUUUGCUGGAUAUUGUAGGGGAAAGCUGCAUGUUAAUCACCUUUGGGAGUUUAAGGGUUAAUGAAAAAUUUUGAGAAUUAGAUAGUUUGAGACUUUUUUUGAUAAUAAUUUUGUUAGUACAUAGGAAACAAUUUGUUAACAGUUAGAAGAAAGGACCAAUCAUAUAGCACCCAACUGGCACAUGGGUAACAAAGGCACUUAGUUACAGUUUUUAAGUCUCAAAAAACUGUAUAUGAACAUCAACAGGACCAUUUGCCAAUUACAUGGUAGAAAGAUCAUCAAAAAGUUAAUCAGAAUCAAUUAAUUCUUGCUAGGAUUGUUUUGGAGACAGUUUCUUUCUUGACUGAUGUUAUUUCUUUGCACUAUUUACAGGUCAUGCUGGUGCAAUUAUUGCAGGGGGUAAAGGAACUGCUGAACUUAAGGUACAAAUAUAUAAAUAUUUCAUGUAUUUAUAGUGAUGAUAAUUAUUAUUAACAUCAAACUCUAUUAACAGAAUUCAGCUGAUUGUUUAUUGAUAUUGAUAUUCACACAAAAUGGUCAUCUAGGCCUAUGUUAAAUUUACAAUUUAGCUCUAACUGCAGUGAUCAUUGUUUCACUUUAGAUAAAAGCUCUUAAAAAUGCAGGUGUUACAGUGACUUUAUCGCCAGCUCAAAUGGGCAACACCCUGAAAAAGGUAAUACCACAAUACUUUGUCUUAACCCUCUAUACCUUAACAUCAGUUUUUAAGUUCUCCACACCAUUCUCUAUACAUUUGCUAUGA